AUGGCCACCGCCCACGUCGCCUCUUCUAAGGCCGCCUCGUCGGCCGCACUCGUCUCGCGAUCCGUUGCCAAAAAGGUCCUGGCCGUCGAGACGCCAGAAGGAGCCGGCGCCGUUGUUCGACGCAGCAUCGGCACGCCAAAGCUUCGCAACUUCUCUCCGUUCCUCAUGCUCGACCACUUCAAGGUCAGCGAAGGGGCCGGCUUCCCUGACCACCCGCACAGGGGAAUGGUCACAGUGACAUACAUGCUCGAAGGACAAUUCAACCACGAGGACUUUGCUGGCCACGUCGGCCGCCUCGGUCCUGGAGAUCUGCAAUGGAUGUCGGCAGCGAGGGGCAUCAUGCACGCCGAGAUGCCCAUCCACCGUGACGAGGCGGGACGGAAGCUACCGGACCCCGUCGGCCUCCAGCUCUGGAUCGACCUGCCGGCCAAGAACAAAAAGGACCCGCCCACAUACCAGGAGUACCCCAAGGAGCAGGUGCCCACCGCCCUGCCCCGGCCCGACCAGCCGGAGGAGACCGAAGGAAGGGACUGGAGCGUCAAGGUCAUUGCUGGCAGCAGCCACGGCGUGGAGUCGCCUGUCCGGACGCCAGACCAGGGCGCCUGCUGGUACCUCGACGUCACCCUCAAGAAGCCCGGCGCACGCAUCUUCCAGGAAAUCCCCACCGGCUUCAACUCGUUCAUCUACACCAUGGGCCCUGCGCCCAUUCGCGUUGGCACGCCCGAUGCGCCCGGUGCGUCGAAUCCUAUCGAGGCAUCGACGGCCCACGAGGCCUUCCACACCCUCGUCCUGUCCAACAUGGCCAGCAUCUCGGACCCAAAGACGGACCCGGCCUCGGUACCCCAGGAGACGGGCGUCUGGGUCGAGCACGCAGGCACCAAGGAGGGCGAGGAGGCCAGGUUCGUCGUCAUUGCCGGUGAACCGCUCGAUCAGAAAGUCGUCCAACACGGGCCCUUUGUCCUCACAACAAAAGAGGAAGUCUACCAGACACUUUUGGACUUCCAGGGCGCAAAGAAUGGCUUCGAAAGGGCCGCAGGAUGGAAGAGCAAGAUCGGGGGCAGGUAA